AUGGCCAUGACUGUCAGGCAGCUGGCCCGGUGGGACGUGCCUCUCCAGCGCAGAGGACUGUGCAUGACCCCAGGAAUUGGGGGCGUCCGUCUUCCCUUGCUGCCUUACGUGGGCAAGCCUCUCGACUCCUGCUUCCUGGCUAAGCUUUUUCUGCCCGCCCUCAUUUACAUCUUUCCCUCCUCUCUCCGAGGGGCUGCAGAAGGUGAGGAAGGGAUGUCGCCGAGGCUGCUGCUGCUGCUGCUCAUGCUUUGGGAAGGUUUCCUGGCUCAGUGUUCGAGCGCCCGGCUGACACUGCAGAGCCCUGUGACCGUGCAGGAGAGCCUAUGCGUCCUUGUGCCCUGCCGAUUUUCCCAUUCCUUGACAUUUUUUAAAACCGUUAACAUGUUUUGGUUUAGGAAAGAUGUGAAUAUGAACCAGGAUCUUCUAGUGGCGACAACUAAGCCAAAACAGAAGCUGCCGGGGAGGACCCAGGGCCGGUUUUUCCUCCCCAUGGACCCCAAGUCCAACAACUGCUCCCUGAGCAUCAGAGAUGCCAACAAGAGGGACAACGGAACAUACUUCUUUCAAAUAGAAAAUUACUUCGAGAGGACAUAUUCAUAUACAGAUAAGAUGCUCUCUCUGAAAGUGACGGAUCUGACCCACACCCCUGACAUCCUCAUCCCGGGGGCCCUGGAGUGUGGCCGCCCCACGAACCUGACCUGCUCUGUGCCCUGGGCCUGUGAGCAGGGCACGCCCCCCCUCUUCUCCUGGACGUCCGCUGCCCCCGCCGCCCUGGGCCCCAGCACCCGCCUGUCCUCCGUGCUCACCCUCCGCCCACGGGCCCAGGACCACGGCUCCGCCCUCACCUGUCAGGUGCAGUUCCCCGCAACGGGUGUGACCGUGGGGAGGACCGUCCGGCUCAACGUCAGCUAUGCUCCACAGACCAUGGCCAUCCACAUCUUCCAAGGAAAUAGCACAGCCCUCAAGAUUCUGCAAACCACAUCCCUUCCCAUCCUGGAGGGCGAGGCUCUGAGGCUGCUCUGUGUGGCUGACAGCAACCCCCCUGCACAGCUGAGCUGGUCCCGGGGGUCCCCCAGCCUGAACUCCACCCUCGUCUCCAGCACUUCGAUCCUGGAGCUGCCUCGCAUGGGGACGGGGAAUGAAGGACAGUUCACCUGCCAAGCUCAGCACCCCCUGGGCUCCCGAAAUCUCUCUCUCAGCCUCUCCGUGGUCUACCCCCCACGGCUGCUGGGACCCUUCUGCUCCUGGGAGGACCAGGGUCUGCGCUGCAGCUGCUCCUCCCGGGGCCAGCCGGCCCCCUCGCUGCGCUGGCGGCUGGGGGAGGGGCUGCUGGCGGGGAACCACAGCAACGCCUCCCACGCGGUCACCUCCCGCUCCGCGGGGCCCUGGGCCAACGGCUCCCUGAGCCUCCGCGCGGGGCUCGGCGCCGGCCUCCGGCUCAGCUGCGAGGCGGAGAACGUCCACGGGGCGCAGAGCGGCGGCGCCCUGCUGCUGCCAGGUAAACCAGAAACCAGUGGGGUCCUGGGAGCGGCCGGGGGAACCAGCAUCGUGGCCCUGGCCCUGCUUUCUCUCUGCCUUUGUCUCGUCUUCAGAGUGAAGACCUGCAGGGAGAAAGCAGUCCAGCAACUGCAGAGAGUGGACCACAACGGGAACCCAGUUGUGGGCUCAGGCUCCGGGGUGCAUCCGCAUCGUUUCUUGAGAGACAGCCCUUCAGCUCACCCACCCCCUGACGGUGCCAGCCCCAUCGCAAAAGAGGAACAGGAGCUCCAGUAUGCUUUCCUCAGAUUUCACAAUCUGAGGCGUCAGGAACAGGAAGGCACCAACACUGUGUACUCAGAGAUCAAGACACACUAA